AAAUAAAAAUUUUUUUUGUCAAAAUGGCGAUCGCAGAAUUUAAUAUAUUUUUCUAAUUCGUUUUUUUCUUCAAAAAUGCCCAAGUAGAAUUAAAUAAAAUCGCCAUAGAUUUAUAAAAAUAUCAUACAACAAAUUGAGAACAUUUUUUUAUUUGUUUUAUAAUUUAAUUUAAAAAAACAAAUCAAAGACAAAAAGAAUUAAAAAAUAAAGAAGAAAAAAUUUCUUCAUAUCGCAUGUGUUUUUCGUGUUCGUGGUGGCACACACAAUAACCAAAACCAACCAACCAACAUCAUCAUCCAACAAAAUUCAUCAUUGUUCACACGAAUUUUUCAAUAUUUCUUUAUUUUUUUUUAUUUAUAAUUUCGUUGAAAGAAUAUUUUAUUUUGUAAUAAUUUAUAUAAAAAUUCAAACAAAAUCUAUACAAAAAAAUAUUAAAAGAAAAGAGUGGAAAAGAAAAAGAAUCCCUGCAAUCUCGUCGUUCGUCGUGUCGCUUUCUCUCUACACCACCUCUGCUCUGGCAAAAGUAGAAGAAGAAAAAAGUUAGCUUCCGGAUUUGUGGAAUUGCUGCUGCACAGCACAAUGCAAAGCUGUGAUUCAGCUGUGACAUCGUUUUCGAGUGUUUUUUCGUUUUCUCGAUUUUGAUGAUGAUAAAUUUGUAAUCCUUCGUCAACUGACUGUUAAAAAGGAUUGCAAUUGGAAAACGAGAAAGGUGCACCCAAAACAAGAAAAAACACAAAAACAACUGUUGUUAUUGGAGAGAAGAAGCUAUAACCCGAGAAAGGUUGCCUCGACGUCUUCGUUGAGUGUCCUAUAAGAAAAAUAAAACAAAAAAAAAAGAAAACCUGUUCUGGAAUUAAGGUUCAAUUUUCUGCGGAACAUUUUUCAUCAUCUCUCUAAGCCAAGAAGAAGGGGUGGAUAUCAAAACAUUUGUUUCGAUUGUGUUUUUUUUUCUUUCUUAAUUUUAUUUUUAAUAUAAAAUUCGAAAAGCAGCGCAUCUUUAAAGAUUUUGGAGCCAAAUAAUAAGCCAAGUUAUCAGGAAAGAAAGGGAUCGAAAGGAAACUCAAGUGCAACAAGUUGGCAUUUAUCGUAUUAAGAUUUAGAACUGUACACAAAAACACUGAUACCACUUAAGAAUUCGAAACUUUUGUUUAGUUGAUAAAAAAUAAAUUAGAAAUAAUUUAAUCACAAACAAUUAGAAAAAGAAGAGAUUACACUCACCAAACCAAUUUUUAAAAAUAUAUAAAUUUUGUUAAUCAACAAAUACAAAAAAUAACAGAAAAAAAAAACUACAAAAAUGGAGUUACGUGUUGGAAACAAAUACAGAUUAGGCCGAAAAAUCGGUUCUGGUUCAUUUGGUGAUAUCUACCUGGGCACAACAAUCAACACGGGCGAAGAAGUCGCCAUCAAAUUAGAAUGUAUCCGAACAAAACACCCACAAUUGCACAUUGAAAGUAAAUUUUAUAAAAUGAUGCAAGGCGGUAUUGGUAUACCGCGCAUAAUAUGGUGUGGCUCUGAAGGCGAUUAUAAUGUCAUGGUUAUGGAACUACUUGGUCCAUCUCUAGAGGAUCUAUUUAAUUUUUGUGCGAGACGUUUCUCACUCAAAACCGUACUUUUGCUGGCCGAUCAAAUGAUAUCACGUAUCGACUACAUACACUCACGAGACUUCAUCCACCGGGACAUCAAACCAGACAACUUCCUAAUGGGCCUCGGCAAAAAGGGUAACUUAGUAUAUAUCAUAGAUUUUGGUUUAGCGAAAAAAUUCCGUGAUACACGAACCCUGCGACAUAUACCGUAUCGAGAAAAUAAAAAUCUCACCGGUACUGCUCGUUAUGCCUCCAUUAAUACCCACUUAGGAAUUGAACAAUCACGUCGUGACGAUCUAGAAUCCUUAGGCUAUGUUCUCAUGUAUUUCAAUUUGGGUGCGCUCCCUUGGCAAGGCUUGAAGGCCGCCAAUAAACGACAAAAAUAUGAACGUAUUUCCGAGAAGAAACUCUCCACAACGAUAUUGUCCCUGUGCAAGGGUUUCCCCAAUGAGUUUGUCAACUAUUUAAAUUUCUGCCGUCAAAUGCAUUUCGAACAACGUCCAGAUUACUGCUACUUGCGUAAGUUGUUCCGCAAUUUGUUCCAUCGUUUGGGCUUCACCUAUGACUAUGUCUUCGACUGGAAUCUCCUGAAAUUCGGCGGACCACGCAAUCCGGCCGUUCAGCAGCAGCAAGAAGAUGGCACUGGCGAGGCGAAUGCAGCGAACAAACAAAAUCCACAGAUUGUUAGCAGUCAUACAGCUGUGGUGCCAAGUUCUGGAGGCGGUGGCGGUUUGGUCAGCAAUUCUGGUGGUGGCGGCGGUGGUGGAAAUGCACCCAUGGUUGGAGCUAGCGGCACUGGCAGUGGCGCUGUUGGUGCUAUCGAUGACUCAAUGGCCGUUGCAACAAAUUCGUCUAGGCCUUACGAUACGCCCGAACGGCGUCCCUCAAUCCGUAUCCGGGGAGGGCCAACGGUCGUUGUUAAUGACAGUAGAAACAAUAAAUAAUACAUUGUCUAAACAAAAAAAAAACCGGUUCAUAAAAACAAAAAAACACAUUUUUAAACGUGGUAUUUAUUUAAACAAAAAAACAUAAAAAAAUACUACUGAAGAAAAACAUUAAAAAAAAAAUGAUUAAUCAAUAAGAAUUUUUUUUAAGUGCAAGCAUGAUCGUCGCACUUUUAGCUUCGUGAAGGAGAGUUUCUUAACCUACACACACAUCAGGAUCAGAAUUGUGCAUUUUAUUUUACUCUUUCUAACCCCAAGUUAAAGUAUAAAAAAUAAGCUCCGCUUAGCAAUCAUAAUUUUCGAUUAAAACAAAAAAUCCAUUGUUAAACGGGAAUAGCAACAAAUAAUAAUAAAAAAAGAAACAACCUUUUGUGAACUAGAAGCAACACUUCAUCUGUGAAAUAAAUAGCUCGUGGCUUUUUUGCUUUUAAAUUCCCAAAACCCUAAAAACAAAACAAAAAUGAAAACGAUCUUAUAUGAAUCCUAAAAGCCAACACACACACACACAUACAUACACACCCACAAUAAAUUUAAAAUUAAACACAAAAAAAAAAAAAACAAAACCUUUUUAAACGGACAACGGAACGUCCCUGUUUAAAAAAUAAACGUUUUGCUAUCAACAAAAAAUAUAAAAAAAAAUAAUAAUAAUUCUCUUAUUAAUAUUUAGUUUUUCUUA